AUGCAGGAAAAACAUACGUCCCCAUCGAGCAAUGUCGUCACGGGUACGCCUGCAAAGGUAAAGACGGACAGCUGGCUGGAGGAAACAUCCAUCGGACGUUCAUUGUCCACGCUAACGAGCGCAACUACCUCCGGCCAUGGCAAGAAUGCACGCAAGUUUUCCAACAUUCUAGAGAUGGAACGCUUCAGCAACAGUAACAUUGUUUCGAUGGACGAUACGAGCACAACGGUCGAUUAUAAUCCGAUCGACGAGAUUCCCGUACUUCCGGAUGCGGAUGAUAUACACGAAAGUUUACUCUACAAUGAAAGCCCCAAUCUACCAACCGUCACGACGUACAAGAACCUCAGCUCGGAUAUUUUCACCAACGGAAAAGCGUCCACCCUUGGCAAUCUGGACGAAAUAGACAUCUCCAUCUUGACCGAGUGUCUCGAAAACGAGGAGGACAUCGAAGAGCCGGACGAACCGUGGACUUGGGAUCAACUGUUUACGCAGCUUUCGGUUAAAAUAAGCACCGAAACGAAGGUUCCCGUCGUAGAGUUUAGCAACUAAAUGCACCAAUCUGUUUGGUUUA